GUGUGUGUGUGUGUGUAUAGCUUAACAAAUUGUGUUGUCCUCGCCCCUCCCAAAAAAAGAAAAAAAAAAGAAUUGCAUUAAAAGAAUUGCUGUCCCCUGCUUGUGGGUUUAUGUAUACAUGUAUAUAUAUGCCCCAUAGAAGACGGAGAGUGAGAAGAAAAACAAAAAAUAAAUAAAAUACAUAGGGGAAGAGAGUGAGAGAGGGAGAGAUCAGAAGCAAAUGAACACUCAAAUGGCCGCUGGUCCGGAGAUUAGCUUCAAAGACCAGAGGUGGUCACUUAAAGGCAAGACUGCUUUGGUCACUGGUGGGACCAGAGGCAUCGGGUUUGCGAUUGUGGAGGAACUUGCGGCGCUCGGAGCAGCAGUUCAUACUUGCUCUAGGAACCAGGUGGAGCUCGAUGAACGAGUCCGAGAGUGGCGGGAUAAGGGGUUCCGAGUCAGCGGCUCGGUAUGCGACCUCUCCUCGAGGCCGCAGCGGGAGGAGCUGAUGAAGACCGUUUCUUCUGUAUUUGAUGGGAAGCUCAACAUCCUCGUGAACAAUGCGGCCACAGUUGUGCUGAAAGAUGCAUUGAGCCACACAGUGGAAGACUACACCCGCAUGCUGGGGACAAACCUCGAGUCCCCAUACCACUUGUGCCAACUCGCACACCCACUCCUCAAAUCCGCCGGCGACGGCAACAUCGUCUUUGUCUCGUCUAUCGCCGGCGUCAUGGCCCUCCCCUCAAUUUCCAUCUAUGCUGCUACCAAAGGGGCCAUCAAUCAAGUUACGAAGAACUUGGCGUGCGAGUGGGGAAGAGACAACAUUCGCGUCAACACGGUCGCACCUUGGGCCGUCAGGACCAACAUCGUCAAUCCUAAGGAUGUCCCGGAGGCGGAUACUGCUAAAUACCUGGAACUCCUAUCACGGACGCCGCUCCGCCGAAUCGGCGAGCCAAACGAGAUAUCGUCGGUGGUGGCGUUCCUUUGCCUGCAGGCAGCCUCGUACGUCACGGGACAGGUGAUCUGCGUCGAUGGGGGAUACACUGUCUGCGGUUUCUAGAGAUGGAUCUCGUCCUAUGAUUAAUUUUUUAGCUCUCUCCAAUUAUUGGGAGAUUUGACAGAAAAACAACCUAAAUUAUGAGCAAGGACUUUUGGUCAAAUUAAUAUCGUUUUUGGAGCACUUCAUGCACCGAAAGACGACUGGUGCACUUGGCUCUUUCUAGGGGACCAAUUUCUGUGUUGUCAAAAUAUGUCUGCCGGCAGCGCCAUGAAUUAUUGUUGACAUCGAAGGUUCACUUUGGUGAAUGGAUGAUUGAAUAUGUCUAUGUUGUCCACGUAAA